CUAGGCUCAGUUUUCCUCAAAAACCACACAAGCAAACAAAUAAGCUCUUAUUCUCGCACUACAUAGCAGUCUCAUUCUCCUUGUGUUAAUUCAUCAUCAUGGGUGUUCUUACUUUCACUGACGAGACCACCUCUGUUGUAGCUCCAGCAAGGCUUUUCAAAGCUUUGGUUACAGAUGUUGAUACCAUCGUCCCAAAGGUUAUUGAUGCCUUCAAGAGUGUUGAAAUUGUUGAAGGAAAUGGAGGCGCCGGAACCGUAAAAAAGAUCACUAUCGUUGAAGAUGGCGAAACCAAGUUUGUGUUGCACAAAAUUGAUGCAAUUGACGAGGCUAAUUGGGGAUACAACUACAGCAUCGUUGGAGGUGUUGGGUUGCCAGACUCAGUUGAAAAGAUUUCAUUUGAGUCCAAAUUGGAUGCAGGGUCUAAUGGAGGAUCCAUUGCAAAACUCACUGUUAACUUCUAUACUAAAGGUGAUGCUAAACCCACUGAAGAGGAGCUCAAAGUUGGAAAAGCUAAGGGUGAUGGCCUUUUCAAGGCAAUUGAGGGUUAUGUUUUGGCCAAUCCUGAUUACAACUAAAGCUUCUUUCUAAGUGCUUGCUUCUAUAUGGUGUGAUCCAUCACACACUGUUCAGUGUGCUUCAUUUGGCUACAAUUGUGAUUCCCUUUUUUUCCCUUUUUCUUUUACUGAGGCGUAGCAGUGAGAUUUCAUCUCAUGAGUACUUGUACCUCCCUUCAUCAAUAAAUAAUACGAAAUGCUUGUUGUAACUUAAUUAAAUUCUCUGAAGAGUCAUCCAUGAUCAAAGGAAACAUAUUGAAUAAACAAA